AUGAAUGCUUCCAUCACGACGCCCGUGAUGGAGGACGCCGCGGUGCUCCCCACUGAGGCGCAGCACUUUCUCCAGGUGAUUGCCGACAUGCAGCGUGAGGCGGAACAGCGUCGCCGUCUCCUAGACGAACUGCGGCAAACCGAGGCCAAGGCGAGGAGUGAGCAGGAGAAGGUCUACGCAGCGCGUGACGCAUCAGUGGCGCGCCUAGCACACACAAAUGCGGAAUCGCUGCAGCUGCAGGUGCAGUUGCAAGACCUCUGCAACCAACAGAAAGAGGCGGAGGCGACUGUUUUGGAAUUGCGACGACAGAAGAUGCAGUGGGAGGCGUUCCUCGCACAGCAGCAACAAGAAGAUCAGGAGAUGUCCUCCUCUCUAUUUUCUAAAGAUGCAGCGAGCGGGGACACUAACAACAGAACUGUAGGAGACGUACUUCGCGUAAAACGUGCCCUGCGCAUUUGGGGCCAGCUGCCGCACCGUGCCACAUACCUGCAGGAGCUUCGAACCGCCGUGGCGGAACUCUUUGCGGAUCCACAUGGCAACACGCACCCCAGUGGUGCGAGCCUUCCCGACUGGGCGACGGUUUGUUCCCGUCUGCAGUCACUGAGCCAGGAGGAAAAGGCUGUCCUGUUGCUUCUGCCCUUUCCAACAUGA